AUGGAAAUAGUAGUAGCAGACGACUCAUUCAAGAAACCAGGAGCAAUCCCAUUCACUUGGGAGACCCGACCCGGAGUUUCGAAGUUCCAACAACAUUACACCCAUGAACUAGCACCACCAUUAAUAUCAUCUUCAUCAUCAUCACCAGCAUUAUCUAAAUCCAGCUCCUUCUCUUCAUCACCAUCAAGAGAACUCCAAGCACAAUGGGUAAAGUCCAUGAGUCUCCCUUCCAAUACCAAAAACUUCCCUUCAUCUUUGUUGACCCGACUUCAGUUGAUUUCGGGUCAUAAGAGUGGUUGCUUCCCCAUUUCUUGGUUAAGGUGGAAAUGGGGAAAGGAAAAGAGGGUGGCUAAACCCAAGUUGAAGGUUAAGUUGGAGUUGGACCCUGAAUGUAUUAAGGAUUACACAUUCUACCUGGAGAAGUUGGCUAGGUGGUCCAUGACAUCGUCAGGGAAAUCAUCUUCCUCUUCUUUCUCAUGGCAUGUACAAAGAUCAUCUCCUCAACCUACUAAAAACGACGAUGAUGAUGAUGAUGAAGCGGCUCGAUCUCGGGUACUCCAUAGCUUGUUUGGAUUUUUAAGGAGGCCAAAGAUGAUAGGAAUGGAAGGAAUGGGAGGGGAAAAGAAACAAGUUAACAUUUCUGUUUAUUUGGUUAAUAACCAGGUUUGAAAGGAAAUUCCAUGAUAUUUCCUGUUAUUAUGUGGUUGACUAAUAAGUAGGGGAAAUGAUUUAUGCUAUUUAAAAGUUCGGAAUGAUAAGAGUAAUCUUAUAUAGACCUAGUGUAAUGUAUGAGGUUUUCUCCUGAAAUUACUUUAUCUAAACAAAAAAAAUCAAUUCUGAACU